AAGUUGCCAGCCAUAAUGCCCGAAAGUUGCAUCCUAAUUGCCAUUGGUGUCUUACUUGGUGGAAUUAUUUUUGGGACAGAUCACAAAUCUCCACCUGCCAUGAGGACUGAUAUUUAUUUCCUUUAUCUCUUGCCCCCAAUAGUGCUUGAAGGAGGAUAUUUUUUACCUACCCGUCCUUUUUUUGAGAACAUUGGAACCAUUAUUUGGUGGUCAGUGAUGGGGACCUUAAUCAACGCUUUCGGCAUUGGCUUUUCUCUAUAUGGUAUAUGCCAGAUUGAAGCCUUUGCAUUAAGUGAUGUAUCUCUUCUACAAAAUCUGCUAUAUGGAAGCCUUAUUUCAGCAGUGGAUCCAGUGGCUGUCCUUGCUGUCUUUGAGGAAAUUUCUGUCAAUGAACAGCUGAACAUGAUGAUUUUUGGAGAGUCAUUGCUGAAUGAUGGUAUUACUGUGGUUCUUUAUAACAUUUUUAUAUCAUUUACACACAUGCACACCUAUGAAGAAAUUGAAGCCGUGGACGUUCUUGCUGGCAUAGGGCGUUUUUUUAUGGUUGGUAUUGGAGGUGUGUUUUUUGGGAUCAUCUUUGGAUUCCUAUCAGCGUUCAUCACUCGGUUCACCAGGAACAUCACUUCUAUUGAGCCUCUUCUUGUUUUCAUGUUCAGCUACCUAUCCUAUCUAUCAGCAGAAGCAUUCUACCUCUCCGGAAUCCUGGCCAUGACAGCCUGUGCAAUGACCAUGAAAAAAUAUAUUGAAGAAAACAUCUCAAAGAACUCAAGCACAACCAUAAAAUACUUCAUGAAGAUGAUAAGCAGCGUGUGCGAGACUCUCAUAUUUAUCUUCAUGGGCGUUUCUACUGUAGGAAAAAAUCAUGAAUGGAACUGGGCUUUUGUCAGCUUUACAUUACUCUUCUGUCUCAUUUGGCGAGCACUGAGUGUUUUACUUUUGUUCUCUGUCAUAAAUCGUUUUCGGACAUAUCCAUUCAGUUUUAAGGACCAAUUCAUCAUUGCCUACAGUGGUUUACGUGGAGCCAGUAGCUUUUCACUUGUGUUUUUGCUGCCGGUGCUAUUAUUUCCACGGAAAAAAAUGUUUAUCACUUCAACGAUUGUAGUUAUUUACUUUACAGUGUUUGUUAUGGGAAUAACAAUUGGACCGUUGGUUAGAUUUCUAAAUGUGAAAAGAACAUCCCGAGAAGAAACAAUUAACCAAGAGAUUCACACACGACUAAUGGAUCACCUGAAAACGGGAAUUACAGAUAUAUGUGGCCACUGGGGACAUUAUCAAAUGAGGGAGAAGUUUAAAAAAGUUGACCACAAGAUUUUGCGAAAAGCUCUCAUUCGUGAAAAUCAGCCUAAAUCCCGUAUUGUUGAUCUCCACAAAAAGCUUGAAAUUAAACAAGCCAUUGAAAUGACAAAGUUUGGUAUAAACAGAGAUAUUUCACAGACAUCAUUACAAAAUUUUAGAAAAGGAAAGCUGGCAAGAACACAUUCAUCAGAAGAAAUUGUACAGAUGAAGGACAUAUUAUCAAAUAGCCUAUACCGCGUGCGUCAAAGGACAUCUUCUUAUGUCAAAUACAAUUUACCAAAAGAUGACAGUGAGAGGCAAAACAGGGAAAUACUUAUCCGCCGUUUUUCAAGCAUCAAAAAAGGCAGCAGCCUCCCAUGGGAGAGACAGACAGAUGCACAGAAUGUCCGCUAUUUAUCACUGCCUCAUGACUGUUAUAAACCAGGGGAGUACUUCAAGCAAGAGUCCUUUCUAGGUCAUGACAGUGAUGAGGACGACUCCGUAUUUGAAGAGAAAACAGAGAUCCUGCUUAGUCCUGGUGCCAGUUUAGCAAAAAAAACAUCACAUAAAAGAAGGGAGCAGGAGGUCCAAGGCAGAAGGAGCAGAACCAGAGGACUGCAUUGGCUAAAAAAGCCAAAUAAACCUAUAACAGCAAGGUCAAUGUAUGAACCUGCAAAAUCAAGACCCUACUUUGACAUCGUAUUAGAAGAAGAAGAUGAUUCUAAUGUAGACAGUAACAAUGAUAUACUGUAACAAUGGAACAGUGUAUAAUGCUGAGAGACUACAAGACAUUAUUAAUCCGGUAACUUA